CAGCCAGAAACUUACAACCUGACAGUAAAAAGCAAUUUUUUUUUAAAGAUUUCGUUUUUAUCCUUCUUGGCCACCAGAAUUAAGCCCAAGUUAUUGUUUGCCAAGUUAUCGUUCUUGUUGUUUUUAUCCCAGUCUUGAGUUGCUAAUAAUAAUCUUUUUUUCGAAUGAUGUAUUGCAGCUUUUAAAAUUACUUCUGUGAUAUAUUUUUCUGUGGAAUCAAUGACAAAAUUUUAAGGGUCUUUAGCUGUCGUUAAAUUUAAGAUGGGAGACUUUGCAGAUGAAGAAAAUCUUCAAACUUCAAUUCAUUUCUCAGUUGGAAAAAUAUGUGCGGAUAUUGCGACUGAAUACAAAGUGAACUUCAGCAAAGAAUUUAUGGCUACUCUUGCAGAUUUAACUUUCCAUCAAGCGAGUAUAUUUGCCGAAGAUUUGGAAGCCUUUGCAAAGCAUGCAAAAAGAACAACAGUUAAUUCUGAAGAUGUUAAGCUUCUUGUAAGAAGAAGUAAAUCUCUGCAUGAACACAUCAACGAAAUGGCUGCUGAAUUAGGAGCUGCUUCUGCGAAGCCCAAAAGCAAGAAGAAAGUUAGUGAAAAGAAAGAAGAAAACGAUGAUGAUGUCCAAAUUAUUUCCUGAAAGUUUUCUUUUUAAUGUUGAAUCAACUUUAUUUUUAUAUAUGUUGAGAAUGUAUAUAUUCAUACAGAAAGCUUAUAUCAUUAUGUAUAAUCAAUAAAUAAAUAGUGUCUAUGAUUUGA